AUGUGGAAUUCUCAAUUGGUUGUGUAUAUUCUUAUGUUGAACUGUUCCUUAUAUUUUACUGUUCAUUCACAAGAAAGAAUUCUUAUUCAUGAUAAUACCAAUUCAACAAAUGAGAAAAUUUUCAUGUCAUCGAAAGAUUCAUUACCAAUAUGGACAAAUAAACAAUUUAUUAUAUGUUUUGUUAGUGUUUCACUUGGUACUCUUUUGUUUUGUGUGACAUUUAUUGUACCGGCUAUGAUUAUUAUACGUCGAGCAAGACGAGAUAAAAAUCGAUUAGAUUUAAGAGAAUUAAGACGUAUGAGUGAUUUUAUGUAA